AUUACCGAUACAUAUAUGCAAAGUUGUGGUGCACUGUGUAUAGAAACACGUGUAGCGAACAAUUAAUGAUUCUACAUAAUUCGCGACCAUAAAUUCAUGAUUAAGUUCGCCGAGCUUAUCGCAACUUAUCAGUAUCGACGUUCGCGUAGAGCGAUUAUCUGCCGGUUGUUGUGACUAUGACGGGAAACGACGAAUCCAGGACGAUACCCGGUUACUUUAAGGGUAAGAACGUGCUUAUCACGGGCGGUACGGGGUUCGUAGGAUUGGUACUGAUAGAAAAGCUGCUCAGAUCCUGUCCAGAAAUAAGAAAUAUCUACUUGUUAAUGAGGCACAGAAGGAACAAGUCUCCGGAGGAUAGAUUGAAAGAACUCGUUCAGCAACAGUUGUUCGACAGUGUGCGAAAGAUUAAUCCUGAGGUAUUCAACAAAUUGAAGCCUGUUUCUGGAGACAUUGCUGAAGUUGGAUUAGGCUUAAGCGAAAAAGACGAAACCGUAUUGAUCAGUGACACAAACAUUAUCUACCAUGUAGCAGCGUCGGUGCGUUUCAAUGACCACUUUCAAGACGCCGUUAAAAUGAACUUGCGCAGUACUGUAGAGGUGUUGAAUUUGGCGUUGAAAUGCGAAAACUUGGAGGUUUACGUGCACACCUCCACCGCCUAUUGUAAUUCGGACGUCGAUGGCAGAAUAGAGGAAAAGGUGUAUCGACCUUCUUUGGAUUGGAGAGAUGCAUUAGAAAUGGUAGACAACGGAGACAAAGACGUUAUAGAGACUUUAACUAUGAAAAUGAUCCAUCCAUUAAAAAAUACGUAUACAUAUACGAAAAGACUGGCGGAGCAGGCUGUGGUAGAUAUUUGUAAGGACAGAAUCAAUGCAGUUAUAUUGAGACCAUCUAUAGUUAUGAGUACGGUGCAUGAACCGGUGUCUGGCUGGUCGAAUAAUUUGAAUGGCCCAUUCAGCUUGAGCGUGGCUGGUGUUAUGGGUAUAUCAAGUACAUUCUUUUUCUCCGUCAAAUCCGAGUUGGACGUUGUUUAUGUGGAUAACGUUGCCAAGUCUUUGAUAAUAGCGACUAGAGAAAAAUAUAUAAACAAUGACAAGAGCGAAGUGGAAGUUUACAACGCAACCUCGGAGCUGAUGUGGAAAGUAGCCAACUUCGAAUCAACGUACACUCUAAGCCGUGAGCUGGUGCAUUUCGAAGAUACACUGUGGUAUUACAACGUAAAAAUGACACACUGCUUUUUCUUAUUCUACUUUUGGACGAUGUUCCAUCUGGCUGUUGCAUCAAUGUUGGACCUCAUCCUCCGGAUCCAGGGAAAACGUCCCAGAUUAGUAAAACUCAGUCGGGCAAUUUACAACGGUCAACUUGCCGUACAUUUCUUCGUCUGCAACAAGUUCGACUUUGUGAACGGCAACUACGUCACGCUCGACUCGAAACUCUCCGAGUCCGAUAAGGCAGCCUUUCAGUGUCGAUGCUUCAUUCCGACUGGCAAAUUCGAGCAGAUCGGUUAUGGUUUGAACGCCUUGGAAGGCACCAAGAGGUACACUUUCAAGGAGGAGAUGCCGACGCCUGACAGACUGGAGAAGAAACAUCAAUUGCUAUGUGCUCUACAGGCAGUGAUAGAAUUCGUAAAACCGCUGCUGUUAGUUUGGAUUAUCUAUUUAUGUAUAUUUUGAAUAAUGUUGAAUCCUCCGUGUCUUGUAGGAUAGUUUAUUUUUGUACUGUUAUUGAUGUUUGUAAUAAUGUCUAGUAGUAAAUUUUCAGAUCAUAUGAAACAUACAAAUGUUCAUUCUUCAUACGUUUUUUAUACCUAUGGUGUCUGGCUAUUAUUUUCCGAAUCUUUUUGAACACAACAAGGCAGAUUUGGGACAUAGGAGGUACGAUCUUUGGAAAAAUGCGAAAUCCACUGUUCCGAUUGUUCCUUGGUGUCUUGUGUGUCGGAUUGCUCUUAAGGACUAUUCACACUGAGCCGUGACAGUGCCGUGACUUGCCAGUGAGCAAGGGGCACUGGACGCCGCCGUAGAACAACAGACCGUGAAGAUUAUUGGCCUUAAGGGAUCGUUUCUCCACUACCAGGUCCAUUGCAAAUGAAUGGUUUGCA